UGAGGCUCCAGAAGCACAAAGUUGCACACGGCUCCUGCAGACGCAUCAGACUGGCGCGUGGGAUCGGUCCCUGCUGCGCCGCAUCUGGAACAAUAACGUCGGGAAGAUCCACACACUUCAUUAGCAGACUGGGGUUUUUAUAAGCAGCAGUGUUCAAGAUAAAAUCCCCUUUUGGGCUCACGUCUCCAACGGAAGGGGCUUUUCUGUUUUUCUGGAGCACACGUUCUUCCACAGAGAAUCACCAAUCGGGCUGAAAUCAGGAACAUGGGGAAGCAGAACAGCAAGCUGACUCCGGAGGUGAUGGAGGACCUGGUGAAGAACACAGAGUUCAACGAGCACGAGCUGAAGCAGUGGUACAAAGGCUUCCUGAAGGACUGCCCCACCGGCCGGCUGAACCUGGACGAGUUCCAGCAGCUCUACGUCAAGUUCUUCCCGUACGGUGACGCCUCAAAGUUCGCCCAGCACGCCUUCAGGACCUUCGACAAGAACGGAGACGGCACCAUCGACUUCCGAGAGUUCAUCUGCGCUCUGUCCAUCACGUCCCGCGGCAGCUUCGAGCAGAAACUCAACUGGGCCUUCAACAUGUACGACCUGGACGGAGACGGCAAGAUCACCCGGGUGGAGAUGCUGGAGAUCAUCGAGGCGAUCUACAAGAUGGUGGGCACGGUGAUCAUGAUGAAGAUGAACGAGGACGGCCUGACACCGCAGCAGAGGGUCGACAAGAUCUUCGGCAAGAUGGAUAAAAACAACGACGACCAGAUCUCGUUGGAGGAGUUCAAGGAGGCGGCGAAGAGCGACCCGUCCAUCGUGCUGCUGCUGCAGUGUGACAUGCAGAAGUGAGACCCUCCCCCCACCCCGUCCUCACCCUUACACGCUCGCCUCCCCCCCAUAACACACUCUCUGGACUGCAGCACAUGUUUCAAUGUCUUUAGGUUCUCUGCCAUCCCCCACAGGAAAACUCUAAAAAACAAUGCUUGGACUACUUUUCAAUGGACUCGCUUCUUGUGGUUGUAUGCAUGAGAAUGUCAAAGCUGAAUAAUUUUGAAUCUAUCUAUAAGAUAUCAUACGUUUCUAUCUCCAAACCCGUGAUUUGUGCUCAGUAAACCCCCCUUUUAGCUUGUAAAUGAGUGGAGCACUGCGUGAUGUUCCUGCAGUGUUUAGGAGACCCCAGUGUUCACCGCUGCCGUACGCUUUACAUUAUACUAAACAAUUACUCCUAUGAUAAUUGUAACUGUCUCUACUAUCCAGACGUGGAGAACAGAGAGGCGGUUUUCACACGGUGGAACCAGGAAGAGUAGGUUCUUUGCAUGCAUAUAUUAUGUGUCAGAAAAAUAUAAUCUCUUACCUUUUGCAUCUUUAGGUGGUUAUAAAAGAGAAAACCCUAUGGAUUCAUUUAGUAUUGUUGCAUGGGAUGUACAGUAUGUGACCAUCACAGCGUUCUUCACCUCCAGAUACGUGGGAGCAUGCUUUCUCCAUCCGGAAACACCUGUACGUGUUCAGUUUACGGAAGGAUUGCAGAUGUGGGUUAAGAGUUUCACAUUAAAAACACAGAGGGAUUACUGAGCGGGGUCUCCCGGGCACAGAACCAGGGGCAACCCCCCGAAUAUGACCGGAAAGGGACGACUAAGAGAAACACAAUGACUACAGACAGACAAGCUGCUACAACGAGAUGCAAAAGGACAAGAAAAUUGACAUAACUCAACUCCAGAGAGACACAAACAGAAACAAGGGACUAAUAAGAGCAGCCACAAAGACACAACUCAAAUAAAGACAUACAAUGGUACAACAGAUGACUACAAAGAGACAAAGCCAAUCAAUGAGACACAACAUGACUGAAAAGAGACGCUAAUCAACGACAAACAGACAAACACAACGAAAUGAUUGCAAAGAUACAACAAAUCAGAGACAAAGAGCAACUACAACGAGAUGCAAAAUGACAAGAAAAAGCACUGGAAAUGGACUCAAAGAGACACAAACAGAAACAAAGGACUAACAGGAAAGCAGCGACAAAUAGACGUAAAACAACAAACAAGAGACAUCAAAUGAUUGACACAAGACACAACGCUACUCAACGGGAUCUAACAUGACAAGAAAGGUCCUGUACAUUGACACUAAAGACUCAACAUGGUUGAAAUUGACACCCUUUCAGCCACAAAGGCAAACAAAACAACACAACAACAAAAAGACCUCAAGGAAAAGCUGCAUUCCUGCAGAGACAAAAUAAAUUCAGAGAAACAAAAGGACUACAAAGAGACAGCGUGGCUACUCAAGAGAUCCAUAACGACAACAGAGACGACUAAUAGACUUAGAAUGAUUGCAGUUACACAACAAGCCGACUACAAAGACCUAAAGCCUCUACCAACAGGCCAAUGUACGACGAAGACGUAAAGUAACACAAAGACCAACAACACAGCGCGUCUGUGACCGGGAGCCCGUCCUCUCACACCCCCUCCAUGUAAAGGUCAUAUUUUUUUAAGCUUCAGUGACUGAUGUUAGCAGAAGUAUAUAUAUUUAUGGAGCAGCUUUUCCUUCUUUAUGGUUACUUCCUGCCGCCGCUGAAUCAAGAGGAGAACCGCAGAACUCAUGCAUUCUGAACCCAUUCCUGAAAUUGGCUUCUUGUUUUCCCGGGCUGCUUGUUUGAUUUAGGCUUUAGUAAGUUAACUCCGUACAUAUCAACAUGUUUACAGACAGAAAAUAAAAACCCUUGUUGCUGGGAGCAUCGACUCCACUUCCAACGCAGCAAAAACAAAUAAAAGACGGAGGAAAAAAUAAACCCUCCUAUGUUUACUGGACACACUGCAUUCCUGAAAACGGUUUUGUAAAAAAGGAGAAACUUUUUAUUGAAAAGUCUUCUAAAUCUUCUGUUUGCAACAAUCAUUAAAGACGCAGGACCCUCGAGAGAGGAGACGAAGCUCCUGAAAGAGGCGGAGGUUUAAUCCAUGCAGACACUCUUUCAGCACUUCUUGCUUCCCCAUUAUCUCCCUCCGCCGGCGUGGACCAAGAGUCUGCCUGCGGAGGGUGCUCACCGUCCCUCGAUAUUUUAUAUUCAUUUACACAUUUCCGUCCGGUCACUGUGUCCGAUUCUUUGUCUCGUAAAUGUUUAUAUCAAAUAUGGAAAAAUCAUAAUACAAGUGACUGUAUUCUUUUAUACAUGUGGCAUGUGUUGCACCCGAAAUCUAUUCUGUAGUGAUUAAAAUGAAUAAACCAUCACCAGGCUUUUUCAAAAGA